ACGCAGUCUCUGGCCGCAAGGCUGGCAGCCGGACCGCCCCUGCUAUUGUUAUAACUCCGCGCUUCUUUCUUCGCCAGUGGUCCAUCGAAAAUGGCACCAGCCUCUUCCCACGAUUCCCACAAUGACUUGAACCAUUUCGACAACUCCUUCGACGACUUGUUUAAUUUCGAAGCAGCCACUGAUGGUGGCAUUGGCCCCACGGAAUGGGCAUGUUCCGUCCCUCAUGCAGCCAGUUCCUUGGAAACCUCUUUCAUACCGAGGACAACACAGGUCGAGGAUGUCUCCAUGCGCCUAAACGACCAUCACCUAACACAUUGUGACCAAGGGUAUCUCGACGAUGGCGACCUUUUGGAAGCCUCAGAGGGAACUUCGUACAAUCCUGGGGGCUCCUUCGACUCAUGGAGCAACUCUCAUAUGAAUUCAAAUCCCCUUGGCGACGACUUCCCAGGCAACUAUGACCAGGAUUCUUCAGAGCAGCUUCAGAACUAUACUUUCAACCCAACCGGCCCUGCUCCGCGCCCCCGCGACAGCAACUUUCCUGGAUUUGGGAACGCGAUAUCUGUUCUUGAGUACAAUAUUCCCGAAGACUUCUCAAUUCGAACUCCACAGACUACUGGCUCUUCCCCCUCCCCAGUUUCUCAAACUCCAGUUCCCUCUCUUGACCGGGAGGCUAUUGCUCAGAGACAUGUUUUCAUUCCCUUGACAGAGGGUCAGGAUAGGCCACGACUCAUGUCGACUUACCCCAGUAUUGCAAUAAGAGGCAUUUAUGCUGUUGGAACCAAUAGCAACUCUGCUCAGGAGACGAACUCGCAAUAUACCAAAGCCCUGUAUACCUGCCUCGAUCUUCUUGAAGAACCUUCAUUACAUGUUAGACUAGACUCUCAUGGGCCCAUCGCCAACGCCGAUUUGUACGCCGACCACCCCAACACGACUCCCCCGGUGGAAAAUAUACCGCUACCUUCAAAUCUCGUUGCCACUUCCUGCUUUGACAAUGGCCAUUCCACUACGAGCCAGCUCCCACAAACUCUGCAAACAGGUUCUGGCUGUUCCGGAAUUAGGGGGAAGGGCGUUGGUAGCACCGGACUGACGAACCCGAGCUACUCCAAGCGCCGACAAAAUCUGCCAAUCCGUCCCGCACCCGAAAAGUCACACCCCAAGGUGAAACACCUUGCCCGUAUACAGCAUGUCUUCGGACCCGAGGAGGCGAUGCCAAGGCGGGGUGAUAGGAGCAAGCUUACUAGUAAAGGGAAGAAAAACGCAAAGGAAGUUCGGCAAAAUGGUGGCUCAUGUGUCGUGUGUAUGAUGAAAAAGCAGACGUGUGACAUAAAAGAAAUAUGCGACUCGUGUCAAGGGAUAGCAUUGGCAAAGGAUCCCCAGCUAGUAGCAAAACACAUCUGCAUUCGCGGCGGCAUACUGGUUUUCCGCCAAAGUUUUAUUGACUUUUAUGAUACGAAGAACAGGCUCGGCUUGUUACUAAGAACACUCCGGGGUCCUUGCCGCACAAUUGUGAUCGGGGGCCGCGUAACAACCAAUGGCACAGAAAGUGUCAUUUUCCCGAAAAAAGUACCACUUAUUGUCCAGGUACGAGAAUACCAGGGUUCCUACCCUAAUAUGAUUUGGUCAGACGGCUCCAUGAGGUCGACAGUUGCGUCCUACGCAAUUGAUGCCAGCACCUUGCCAAGUGCUUCAAAUCUUGACCAAUGGAAAAGAAAUCUCCUUUCUGAAUGUUUCGAGCUGCCUGAGCUUCCAAAUUUUCGACUGCCCAUAAUGGACGAGUUCCUUCUUACAUAUCUGAAUACCCAGCCGGUUCUAGCAUAUCACCACCUCGUGGACUUAACAAUUCGUCUAGUGAACCUCAGCACCUGGUUAUUCGAAGCCCACCCAGUAACACCCUUUGAUAAUGUCAAUAACCCAAGGUCGCCCGUCUUCAAUAUCCAUGAUGACCGAAUCCAAAGACGAUUGUCUGAGGUUGCACGAUCUCAACUCUUGCUAAUCGCCGCAAAGGAUUUCGAAGCCACAGAACAACAAAUCCUCUCUAUAAUUGACGCCGCAAUGAGACCCUUUAGAUGCAAUUCCCAAGAUGCCCUUAUUUUGGGAAUUUGUCUACGGCGCAUCUCACUACUGUAUAGAUUUUCGUUCAAGCGAUUCCCACGCGUCAACAACGCGAAAGUGAUCCGAAAGAGGGAAAAGCCCAAGGCCAUGUAUGAGGCUCUUGGUACUGCUUACAGCCUCGUAUACUGCGGGAAUAAAAAUCCCUUUUCUAUAAAGUGGCGGGCGCAGGACCAUGUCGGCGCUUUAGGGAAUAACAUAGAGUUAUUUGAUCUCUUUCUUGAGGUUGUCGAAGCUGAUAAGCAAUAUUGCCAAGAUAAUCGGGAUGAUGAGGAUGACGCGCAUUUCAACAAACUCUUCUUGGAGAGGAAAGAAGGAGGUGGUCCACGGAAGUGGAGUUGAGAUGGAGAGGGAGGAGUGAAUAUGUGCCUUUAGAAUUCCGAUAUGUGAAGCGAUUCGCGGCGUUAUUACUGUAAUGUAUUAGAGUUUAUAUUCGAGUACCAUUCGCAACGAC